AUGAAAUCCUUAAUUCCACUGCUUGCGCUAUCGACUAUUGUAGCUUCGUCUACUGUUCAACGACCGCUUCAAGAUGCGAGCUCUUCAGAAGCUGUUGUCAGCUCAAAGUCACGCCCGCUUGUGAACUCAACACAGCUCCAGGGCCACAUACAUUCUGAUAAUCUGCUGAAAAGAGCCAAGGAGCUGUACAAGAUUGCUGAGCUUGGGACUGCGGAGUAUGGCCACCCAACUAGAGUUAUUGGUAGCGAAGGACAUGCGGGUACACUCAACUACCUAUACUCUACUCUCUCACAAUACUCCGAUUACUAUGAUAUUUCGAAUCAAACAUUCUACGCAACUCUCGGCAAGAUAUUCGGAUCCCGUCUGGUGUUGGGAUCAGCUCAGGUUACCGCCUCUCCAAUGUCCUUGACACCCCCAACUCCAAAGAAAGAGCCCGUAUAUGCGCCUUUAGUUCUCGUGGCGAACGAAGGCUGUAAUCCAUCCGAUUACCCGAAGAAUGCGACAGGGUCGAUAGCUCUGAUACGCCGAGGCAUCUGCUCUUUUGGUGCUAAGUCUGAGGCAGCUGGAAGGGCUGGCGCGCUUGCUGCAGUGGUAUACAACAAUUACCCAGGAAGCUUAUCAGGCACACUCGGCGACCCUUCCAAAUACCAUGUUGCAACUGUUGGUAUUUCAAAUGAAGACGCUCAACCAUACAUCAAGGAUCUGGAAGCUGGGAAGAUCAUUCCAUCUUCAGUCUGGGUCGACGCAAUCGUUAGACGGACCCCAACAACAAACAUCAUCGCUCAGACAAAAGGAGGUGAUCAAGCUAACUGUGUAAUGGCUGGAGGUCAUAGUGACUCUGUAAGCGAGGGUCCGGGCAUCAAUGAUGAUGGAACCGGCUCCUUGAGUCUACUUGAAAUUGCCGUCCACCUUACAAAGUACUCGACGGAGAACUGUGUUCGUUUUGCUUGGUGGGCUGGCGAGGAAGAAGGUCUUCUUGGCUCCGACUAUUACGUCUCCCAGCUCUCCUCCGAAGAAAAUAUGAAGAUUCGCUUAUUUAUGGACUACGACAUGAUGGCCUCUCCCAACUAUGCUUACCAAGUAUACGAUGCAAGAAACAGUCGAAACCCUGUUGGAUCUCAGGAGCUGAGAGAUCUAUACAUUGACUGGUACACCGCGAAUGGGUUGAACUACACUUACAUUCCUUUUGAUGGGCGAAGUGAUUAUGAUGCUUUUAUCAAGCACGGAAUUCCUGGAGGUGGCAUCGCUACCGGGGCAGAGGGGAUCAAGACCCAGAAGGAAGUCGACAUGUUCGGCGGACGCGCCGGAGCAUGGUACGACCCGUGUUACCAUCAAUUAUGCGAUGAUGUACAGAAUUGCAAUCUUGGAGCUUGGGAAAUAAACACAAAGCUCAUCGCCCAUUCCAUUGCAACUUAUGCAGUAACAUUCGACGGAUUCCCCAAGAGGACGAGUGUGAAGACCGACGCGGUUACCGAGGACUCUCCCUAUCAUGGUCCAGAGUUAUUCAUGUGA